AUGCACAUAACAUUCUGGCUCCCUCUUCCUUGCCUACUUCAUCCUAUAAUGGCCGAACAUGUCACCCAUAUUCAACACGUACUCGUUUACGAGUUCGAAUCUGGCCACCUCGCUGCUGAAGCCCAUCGAAACUUAAGUCAAGUAUUUGGUACUGAAGCCCCUUCCGAGCGGUCUGUGCGCGUCUGGUUCCAGCGCUUCAAAGUCGGAAACGAGAAACUCGAAGAUAAGUCUGGUGACCGCCUGCAAUAUCGUUCGACGAAGUGGAGAAUCUGGCAGAGCAGCAUUUAUUGCAAUGGACCGCGAUCUCUCGGAAUAGUGAAAAAGCUCGGUCAGUGGCUCCCACAUGCAUUGGGCGACAGCAACCGCCAAAGACGUUUGGACAUCUGCACACAGCUGCUCUCCAGAAGCCGCAAAUUCGACUGGCUGGACACCAUUGUCACUGGAGAUGAAAAAUGGGCUCUCUACGUCAACCACACCCAAAAAUGUGCGUGGUGCGCUGGUGAUGAAAUGGCGGAUCCUUUCGUGAAAGGUGAAAUCCAUGAGAGGAAGGUCAUGCUGAGCGUCUGGUGGGGAGUUCAUGGAAUCUACCGUUUCGAACUGCCACCGGACAACAUGACAGUUACUGCCGCGGUCUACUGCGCUCAACUGCAAAAUCUGGCCGACAAAAUCCGCAAGGAGCACCAGAAGCUCGACAACGUUCGACUACAGCACGAUAACGCGUGCCCUCACAUCGCGAAGAAGACUUCUCAGAAAAUUCUGGAGCUCGGAUAG